AUGCGCCUCCUUCUAUCACUACUCCUCUUCCUCCUUAUUUCCACAACACAUAGUACCUCCGAAUACCAAACCUUGCUCUCAUUUAAAUCAUCUUCCAUCACAACCGACCCAACCAACUCCCUCUCCUCAUGGACCACAAAAACCACCCACUGUUCCUGGCACGGCGUCCAAUGCGGCCAACGCCGACACGUUAUCUCCAUCGACCUCUCUUCACUCUCCCUUACCGGCACACUCUCCGACGACAUUUCAAAUCUACCUUUCCUCACCAACCUCUCCCUGGCUGAUAACAAAUUCUCCGGCCCUAUUCCUCCUUCUCUCUCAUCUCUCUCUUCUCUUCGCUACCUCAACCUCUCCAACAAUGUCUUCAACGGCACUUUCCCUUCUCAGCUUUCUACUCUCUCCAAUCUUCAGGUUCUUGAUCUCUACAACAAUAACAUGACCGGUUCACUUCCUCUAUCAGUUACCCACAUGUCGUUUCUCCGUCAUUUGCAUCUCGGUGGAAACUUUUUCACCGGGAGAAUCCCGUCAGAGUAUGGUGUUUGGUCUCAUCUCGAGUAUCUUGCUGUUUCCGGUAACGAGCUUUCCGGUCCUAUUCCGCCGGAGAUCGGGAACCUUACUUCACUCCGCGAGCUUUACAUUGGUUAUUACAACACCUACGACGGCGGUAUCCCACCGGAGAUUGGUAACUUAUCGGAGAUGGUGAGGCUUGACGCUGCUUACUGUGGUUUAACCGGUGAGGUUCCGGCGGAGUUGGGUAAGCUUCAGAAAUUGGAUACUUUGUUUCUUCAGGUAAAUGCGCUUUCCGGGUCUCUUACGCCGGAGCUUGGAAGCUUGAAGAGCUUGAAGUCUAUGGAUUUGUCGAACAAUGGUUUCACCGGUGAAGUUCCGGUGAGUUUUUCUGAGCUGAAGAAUCUUACUCUUUUGAACUUGUUUAGAAACAAGCUUCAUGGAGCGAUACCGGAGUUUAUCGGCGAGAUGCCAGCGCUCGAAGUGUUGCAGAUUUGGGAGAAUAACUUCACCGGAAGCAUUCCUCAGAGUUUGGGGAAAAACGGGAAGCUUACACUUGUUGAUGUUUCUUCAAACAAGUUAACUGGUUCUCUUCCACCUUAUAUGUGUUUUGGGAACAAGCUUCAAACUUUGAUAACUUUAGGGAAUUUCCUUUUUGGUCCCAUUCCAGAUUCACUUGGAAAGUGUAAAUCUUUAAGCAGAAUUCGAAUGGGUGAGAAUUUUCUUAAUGGGUCAAUUCCAAAAGGACUUUUUGGUCUUCCGGAGCUCACACAAGUUGAGCUUCAGGAUAAUCUUUUAUCUGGGAACUUUCCUCAACCUGUUUCUAUGUCUCCAAAUCUUGGUCAGGUUACUCUUUCCAACAACAAGCUUUCUGGGCCGUUACCACCUUCCAUUGGAAACUUCACCAGUGUUCAAAAGCUUCUCCUUGAUGGAAACCAGUUUUCAGGUGAAAUCCCUUCUGAGAUUGGAAAGUUACAACAGCUUUCUAAGAUAGAUUUUAGUCACAACAGAUUCUCUGGUUCCAUUGCGCCGGAGAUUAGUCACUGUAAGCUUUUAACUUUUGUUGAUCUUAGUCGUAACGUGCUUUCCGGUGAGAUUCCUAAUGAAAUCACUAGCAUGAGGAUAUUGAAUUACUUGAAUCUUUCAAAGAAUCACCUUGUUGGUAGUAUUCCAGGGUCAAUUUCCUCAAUGCAAAGCUUAACUUCUGUUGAUUUUUCAUACAAUAAUCUAACUGGUUUGGUUCCUGGUACUGGUCAAUUUAGUUACUUUAACUACACUUCUUUCCUUGGUAACCCUGGACUUUGUGGACCUUAUUUGGGUCCUUGCAAAGAUGGUGUUGUUAAUGGCUCUCAUCAAGCUCAUGUCAAAGGACCACUGUCUUCUACUGUGAAGCUUUUGCUUGUUGUUGGGUUGCUUGUGUGUUCCACUGUAUUUGCUGUUGCCACAAUCUUCAAAACUCGGUCUUUGAAAAAAGCUAGCAAAGCUCGUGCGUGGAAAUUAACCGCAUUCCAACGUUUGGACUUUACCGUCGACGAUGUGCUUGAUUCCUUGAAAGAGGAUAAUAUCAUAGGAAAAGGAGGUGCUGGCAUUGUUUUCAAAGGCUCAAUGCCUAAUGGUGAUCUUGUUGCUGUGAAAAGGUUACCUGCGAUGAGUAGAGGCUCUUCACAUGAUCAUGGUUUUAAUGCUGAGAUUCAAACUUUAGGGAGAAUUCGACACAGACACAUUGUUAGAUUAUUGGGUUUCUGUUCAAACCAUGAAGCAAAUCUCCUGGUUUAUGAGUACAUGCCUAAUGGAAGUUUAGGUGAAGUUCUUCAUGGUAAGAAAGGCGGUCAUUUGCAUUGGGAUACAAGGUAUAAAAUUGCCGUGGAAUCUGCCAAGGGUCUUUGUUAUCUGCAUCAUGACUGUUCUCCACUUAUUGUUCAUCGUGACGUGAAAUCAAACAAUAUCUUACUCGAUACAAGUUUUGAAGCCCAUGUUGCUGAUUUUGGACUUGCUAAGUUCUUGCAAGAUUCCGGAACUUCUGAAUGCAUGUCUGCUAUUGCAGGUUCUUAUGGAUACAUAGCUCCAGAGUAUGCAUACACACUGAAAGUCGAUGAGAAAAGCGACGUGUACAGCUUCGGCGUGGUACUCUUAGAGCUUGUAGCAGGAAGAAAACCAGUUGGAGAAUUCGGAGAUGGAGUCGACAUUGUACAAUGGGUGAGAAAAAUGACUGAUUCAAACAAGGAUGGUGUUCUAAAAGUUCUUGAUCCACGACUUCCCUCGGUUCCAAUUCACGAGGUGAUGCAUGUGUUCUACGUAGCCAUGCUAUGCGUCGAAGAGCAAGCUGUUGAAAGACCAACAAUGCGUGAAGUUGUUCAAAUGCUUACCGAGCUUCCGAAACCAUCACAAAGUUCAAAACAUGUUGAAGAGGACUUAACUGCAUUAACUAUCACUGAAUCCUCUUUGUCAUCAUCAAACAGUUUAGAAGCUCCAGAAAAAGAACCUAAAGAUCUUCUUAGUAUAUGA